AUGUCUGCCACCAAGUUUGAAGAGCCGGCUUUCAAGGUCUAUCCGUCCGGUUACCAUCCGCAACGGACCAUCAUCCUUGAAGAGCAGAUAGAGUCACCGGAAACGUUGACCAUCAGGCUGGAGGAAGAGGCUGCGCAGAACGGAGGGGACCUCAGCGGGGACUGUCCCCCUGGUCUCCUGCCCAUGUCGUACAAGGCUCAGGCAGCCCAGAUGCACGGGUACGGAGAUUCGCCGUAUUCACAAUACUCGACCCAGUCGUUUUCAACACAGCAGACAGAAAAUGCGGCGUCUCAGUUGAACCAGAUGGCUUUUGCGGCCAACAGCCACGCAACAGCAAGCCAGUACCUAUCGGGUCAGACGUCUCCGGGACUUCACCUCGCUGUCAUCUCGAGCCAGCCCACCGUUGGAUCUUUCGGCACCCGGGUUUCGCUCAAGGUCUCGUGCCAACACGAUCUUCUGGGCGCAGGCGGCCUGUCUGGCUCUGCUCCGCAUGUGUAUGUCCUCUUUGGAUCAUAUCGAUGCAAAGCAACCGUGAUCAAGGACGGUCGUGAUGGGAGCGGAUCUUUUUCAUGGACUGUGACUGUCGAGGCUCCCCAGUUUCAAAGCACAAGUUGCAGGUCGCUCAGCAAUGUACCUCUCACGCUUCUUGUCGAAGGCUCCGGCGGUGAAGGCUUAGCCCGACAGGACAGCUGCGGCGUUUUCUCGUACCAGGAAAACCAGGGCGGAGUGUCAGGUGGGAACGUGGGUGCCGGAGUGCCUGGUGACAGCAGUCCUCCAGAGUUUGGGUCUCCCAAGAACACGGUUCGAUCACCUGUCCAUCAUCACAGGGCGAGCCCCCCACACCAGCACCUGGACGCACAGUCAAAGAGUACGAGCCCACCGGCUCACCAGCACAGCUUACCGGCAGACGCGGCACCCAACCCGUAUGGCUACCCUCCUGCAGUCUCGACAACCGGCACCACUGGCCAGCAGCAGGACUUUAAUGCCUCGGCGAACGUAUCGUACAGCCAAAACAGCAACAGAAUGCUUUCCACCUCGGGUUUCCGAACAGGGUUGACGUUGACCGACCCAUACUCACGGGCUCCACCGAUGCUACGGUCGCCGCAUCAUGCAGGGACGUGGCCCGGCAUGUUCAACAGCCCCCUCGACUCCCUCCGAAGCCCGUCAACCAGUCUGCCGCACGUCUCCCACACGUCCAUCACCCGGCCCAGUCUCACAUCGCUCCAACACAGCACCACGGCAGCAACGCCACAGCUUGUCAGAACGAGCACCAUCGGACAGUCAUCCAGCAGCGCAAACGGCGGGUAUCCGGGCUACGGAGCAGGACUUUACCAGGAGAAGGCCACCUUGAGGCUGAUUGGGGACCUGGGAAGCAUGGCGGAGAACUGGACGGCCGAGGAAGGGGCCAAGAAGCGGAGGAUUGUCAUGUUCAAGAAGCAGCAGACUGGGAACGUCAUCACUGUGUCGUUCAAGCCGGUGGCCGAGUCGGAACGCCCGCACAACAGCAUCUGCGUCAGCUGCAUCUGGUGGGAAGAGAGGCAGGCGUGUUUUGUCACUUCGGUCGACACCAUUUCCCUCCUGGAGCAGCUCCUCUACGCGCCACACAAGUUUCCGGUGGACGAAAAGAACCGCAUCCGCCGGAACCUGGAAGGAUAUCGGCCAAUGACCGUCAGCAAAAGCAAGCACGAGAGCGAGGCCUUUUUCGGCAUCAUCAUGGGCUUCGGCGCUCCCAAGCCACGCAACAUCGAGAAGGACGUCAAGGUGUUUCAGUGGAAGGACCUGGAUGCCGCGCUCCACAAGAUCUUUUCCAAGUACAGCGCGUCCACGCCCGCCAUGGGGCAGACGCUGAACUCCCCCCGCGUGCGCAUGGCCACCCCCGCGUCGGCGGACCACCUUGGCAGUCCGUACCCGGCCUUGUCCGCCGCGGUGUCCUCGGGUCUCGCUCCGGAUUCCAUCUCGGCCGCGAGCUAUGUCGGUGCCGGCCAUCACCACGCCGACCCGCUCACCAGUCCACGAACCCUCACCGGGGGCGCCUCUUCUUGGCCGACGUACGGUGCCGCCAAACCGCUCUCGCCGACCAUCAAGACUGACUCGUCGAGCCUACGCCUGUCCGCUCUCCCGGCAGUGUACGAUCACCGAAGCACGGCGGCGCAAGGGAUGGCCUCCCCCUACGGCAUCCCGGGACCAUCUCACCACGCCGUCCACCACAGCCAAGGGGCAUAUGGUGCUCACUCGGGCGUGCCUGCAUCACAGGGACAGUCGAGAAGCUGGGAUAACUACUCUGUCACGGAUGGGUAUGGUGCCCAGUCCAGCAGUACCCACGGCGGGGUGUAUGGUGGUGGGGCAUACGGUGAUGGUGCGCAGCGGGCUUGA